AUGGCCCGAAAAAGGAAGGGCAAAAGCUUCGAAGGAUUUUCGUCGUCUUUCCCCUAUGCAUCUAUUCUGAAGGGGGAGUUUCCGUCCUUGUCCAAUACAUCACAGAUGUCUGCGUCGAACCAGUCAUCCAUGUGGUCAUCUGGAGGCUCACGAAAUGUUGGUGGAGCAGUCCAUAGGGGCUCUGGCACGCCACUCUCGCAACAAAGCCAACAAGACGACUUAUUUGUGUCAUCUCGGCUGGCUUCAAACCAAGGGUCCUUCAGAUUUGGAACCCAAGGGAGUGCGGCGCAGACUUCGCAAACACACUCCAGCGCCAAUGACGAGUUUCCGCCUUUAAACCGGAACGCGAACGGCGAUAUUGGCGGCCAGGACCGAACAGCAAAUCUCAUGUCAAGCUUGGGCUUCGGUUCCCAGACAACAACGCCGACGUCUGCGAUACACACGAGCCGGGCCGGAAACGGUCUGCUGAAUGCUGUGUCGGCGAACUCGCGCGCCGCCGAGGCAAGGUCACCUACAUCGGUUGUACGCCCACAAGACCCGAGAAGCCCUGUUGGUGAGGACGAGGGCCGCCAAAAGCCGCCUGGGUAUUGGGAGGGCAGCAUGACUUCGCAAUCCUCGGUGGGCGAUUCCUCGUCGCAGUUGUUGGGUAGCAGGAACCCGCUUGGCGCAAUUGGCAACGAACCACCAGCGGGUAAAGUAAAAGAAGACGACAAGGACCAGACUGGCGAUGUUCAAGAUCCGCUAGAAGGGAUGGCGCCAAUCGACAAAUGGGGUCUCAAGGGCCUCCGGACGUUGAUGAACAACUUUACAGACUUCAAUGCGCUGACAUGCGGCAUUGACCCCAUGUUUUCGACACAGAUUUACUCUCUAUUUGACGAAGCGCUGCCAAGGCCUGCUGUUCCGAAAUUCUGCCUCCCGGAUUGCUACCAUGUCAAGAAUGUGCAGCCAGUUGAGGCCAAGAUGCAGAGUUUCAACGAGGAGACUCUGAUGUGGAUAUUCUACAGCUGCCCGGGUGACGUGAAGCAGCAAAUGGUAGCAGUGGAGCUGACCAACCGCAACUGGCGAUGGCACAAGAAAAUCCAAGUCUGGCUGACGAAAGACGACAUGAUGGUACCUCAAGCGCUUGGGCCCACGCACGAACGCGGCUACUAUGUCAUUUGGGACACGGCCAAUUGGCGCAAGGAGCGGAUCUGGAUACCAACCCUGGGGCUUCUCAGGUCCCGGGAAUAGCGGUUUAAUGCGCAGCUAUCUGCCAACGUUCUUGCUGAUUAUGGUCAGGGAAGGCAGGAGCCUUGAGCGCCACAAUCUCCGGAUGGAUUAAGGACACGGCGAGGGUUGCCGGUCAUGUUUAUUAUGUUUUGUAUCUGGGCCAAGGCAGACACGUCUCCCCAGGGCGCGGGGGGCUAUGAAUGAGGAAGUGUGCACUAUCAUGACUCGCCAAUUUUUUUUUUCGGUCCCUCCCAGUGUGAAUGUUUUGUUCAGAGCCCGUGAGGUGAUGUUGCCGCUGCAUUUUGUUUCAGUCAUAAAAGAGCAGAGCCGUUUGCUGGCCACUGCCAAAGUGAGGUAAGCUUUCUCUUUUGAAACAAGCAACGGAGUGGUGUGGCGAGAGCAUUAUUCCCAAGCCCCAUUGUGGCGCAUAAUAUUUAAGAACCUAAUG